AGAUAAAGUCUAAUUUUGAUAUUUUUCUGUGCUGAAGAUUAGGAAAGAGGUCGAAAUGUUUGAGUUUGAGCAGCUGCCAAAUGAGAUGCAAUUGGAAGUUCUGAAAAGGACUGAGUUUCGAACAAUUCAAAGUAUGAAGACUGUCUCUAAAAGAGUACAACAUUUUAUUCAGUUGUACCAAAGGUACAUGUUGCCCAUCCCGAUUCGUCAGAUGUUUGUUACUCCUGAAAAGAUAAGUUUCACAUUAGCAAACUCGAAUGAAAUCAACACUAUCAAUCAUGAUGACAUGGAUAAAUAUCUUCGUGGUGCUAAAGUGGAUUUACUUUGGCUAGAGAUGAAUGGAAGUGAAGAUGAACCUAUUGAAUUUCUUCAAAAAGUUAUUCAAAAAACAAAUUUCACUAGAAUUGAUUGUUUGAAAUUGGGAAGCUCAAAAGUUGAGUGUGACGUCACAAAAUUGGAAAAUUGCAUGGCAAGUUUGGUGUGUGCAGAACUAAUUGUUGACUGGAGAUUCAGAGUUCCUGAGGAUUUUUUCAAUGAACUUCAUGUUGAGAAGUUAACUCGAUUAACGAUUGGAAAUCAGGAAUCUAGAAACUUCUACCACCCACUUUCGGGAGAUCACUUCAGAAAGUUCAGAGGAGAUUGGUUGGAAAUUGGGCAAAAUCGUCUCAGAAGUUCAGAUAUAUCUACCUUCCUAAAAAAUUGGAAAUUGGGCUCCAUUUCUUGGAUUGAAAUGUACAACAUUGUCAUUAGUUUUCCAAUUCCCGAAUUAUUGAUUUUACUGAAAAAUGAGAGUUGCCAGAAAACACCAACGACGUGGAAAGUGUCUCGGGAUCUAGACGAAGGAAAAGAGGAACUUGAAAUUGGAUUCUUCAAAAGUACAAACUUCUCGAAACAGCCAUCAUUGGUUAUAAGGCAAUUGAAAAUUUUAGAAUAUUUGUGGUGAAUUUUGGUAUCUUGUUUUGGAAUAAGUUUUCAUGAUAAACAAUGUGUAUAAAAAAAGUGAUCGAAGGCGAUUAUGAUUUCUUUUUUUUUUCUUGCCUCCAACAUAACCGCAGCAAGAUAUGUUCGGAAUUUUUUAAUGGAAUUUUUUAUAAGACUUCUUUCUAUGAUUUGCAUCCAAAAAAUAUGAAUUUUGAGCU